AUGUUUUGCUCAUAUCCUGAUCGACAAUGCUUUCAAUAUCGUCUUUGCGGCAUGUUACUUCACAUAGGACGCCAGUCCACCUCUGGACAUUAUGUAGCCGUAAUUCGUGACGCCUCUGCCAAACCAGAGUCUGUGCUCUGGACAGUUUACAAUGAUGCAGAGGUUUGUAGUAGUUCCUUACUAUCUAUGCGAAUAAUGGAAAGGGAAACUAACAGCUGA